AUGCGCUCCUCAGUCGUCGGGGCGCUCUUCGCUCUUGCUGGCACCGCUCUCAGCCACGGCGAUGAGACUCCUGAACAGGCCGAGGCUGUGACGGUUGUCGUCGCCGACGAUGCUGCGCAGGCCAACAUUGCGGACGUGGUCAGCGAAGAAGCCGUCGAAGCCCAAGAGGAGGAUCCUCUUGCCGACUACAAUCACGUAAGUUUUGCUGCUGCAUGUUCGCCGGGGAACAGCCCUCUCACAACUUUCAGCAAUGGCACAUUCGCUCGCUCCAACGUCGCUGGCGCCGAGGGCGACGUCGUCUCCACCCACCGAACCUCGUCCUCGACAACCGUCGGCGUGGACCCCGUCACGAGCUGCAUCUCCGAGCGCGCCCGACGCUUCCAGAGCUUCGACCUCCCGCCGAAUCACCAGGAGCCCAUCCAGCUCGUUCGCUACGCCGUCGGCGAGCAGUAUCACUUCCACCACGACUGGUUCCCCGCGGAGAACACGAAGGAGAACGGCCACGCAUCGGUGGAGCGCGGCGGGAACCGCUUCAGCAGCUUCUUCGCGUACGUUUCCGUCAGCGAGGACAUUGCCGGCGGAGGCACCAAGUUCCCGAAGCUGGCGGCGCCCGAGGGUGACGGCUGGUGUGGCGUUGUCGAGUGCGACCAGGCGAGGGAGGAGGGUGUGACAUUCAGGCCAAUUGAGGGUAAUGCCGUCUUCUGGACCAACCUGGUCAAGGGUGAGGAUGGCGAGAUGGUCGGUGACGACCGAGUUUUGCACGCCGGCCUGCCGAUCGAGAAGGGCUCGAAGCUCGGUAUGAACCUCUGGACGAAGAUUGACAAUUUUGCGUGA